GCUUCGCCGAGAGAGAGAAAAGCAAAACAACGUUUUGAUCCCAUUUACCGGCUGCUUGCAUUUUUAGACCGUAGUAAAAUACGAUCUCCAUUACUGCAACAGGGAGUUGUAGUCCACACAAUACUGAUAAAUGCAUUGUAACCCGUUUUGCACUAAAAUCAACCGAAAGCUGGUGAUCUCGCUUUAGUUACAUUUAAACCAGGUUGAAAAUGACUUCCAAACGCCUUAUCGAGCAGUCUCGAGCCGGCGAAAGUGCGCACGAGGGGGGCUGCAUCGGACAGCGCGACCCUGUCAUCGCAGUGAUGAUAGCGACACGCGAGAACGGAGCGUUGAAUGGAAAAGCUUGUAAAAUAAAUGCGCUCCAGGAAAGUGCUUUUAAGAAUUCAGGCAAGGAAACCUCUCCGAAUGGACAUUUUUAUACCUCAACAGGAGAGAGGCACUACAUUCAUAAAAAAUUUGCAUGUGGCAGAGAGGAGGAUGAACAUAGCUCAGCAUCAGGUGGGCUCAUUAAACAAGGCUGUCCUGCUCGUUGCCUGAUCUUAAAUGGCCACAGGAUACAAGACCAAAUCAACAUGGAGGUUCGGAGCCCAGUAGGAGGGCCAGAGGAGCUUGGAUGUCGUCUGCCAUCACCCAGGUCCUCGCACCCGUACAUGUCCUCCAUCAUCCCCGUCCCUCAAGACAGGAGGCCUUCUGGUCUUGCUGAUAAGGAGGUGUUAGCCGCCACCGUCCUGACCACACUGUCCACCAGCCCACUGGUGCUAAACCCCGCCCCCAGCAUCUCAGGUGUAGAGCUGGCAGCUAAAGGCUGGAAGGAAAGCCUGUCGGCCAGCUACAGCAGCUCCACCAGUGGGAACUGGAGCUGGGACGCUAGUGACCAAUCAGUGCCCUCCACCCCAUCCCCACCUCUUUCCAAUGAUGCCGGAAAAAGCUUCCUGCUUUCUCAGAGUGAUGACAACAUUGAGGAAACUGAGAGUACACACUUCCUGUUUGAGGACCCCAUCCCCCGGAAACGAAAGAAUUCCAUGAAGGUGAUGUUCAAGUGUCUGUGGAAGAACUGUGAUAAAGUCCUCAGCACAUCCUCAGGGAUCCAGCGGCACAUUCGCACCGUUCACCUGGGGCGAAAUGGAGAUUCCGAUUACAGCGAUGGCGAGGAGGAUUUUUAUUACUCGGAAAUCGAGGUGAACAUGGAUACGCUUUCCGAGGGGCUCUCCAACCUCACGCCCACCUCCCCCACUACAUGCGGGCCGCCCCCUGUGUUCCCUGUCCUGGCUUGUGAUGCAUUUCGCUCUGAGCCCGCCCAUGUCAUCAACACCCCACUCAGCCAAUCAGCGCCGUCCGCGCUGUGCCACAUCCGCACUGACCACGCUUACCAGGCCACAACCCCUGUCAGCAUUCCCAGCAUGCCCUCCGAACCGCCUCACAGCGAGGACAGGAUCAGUGUAUCCUGGCAAUCGCCCCCUGUUAUAUUUAAAGGGCUACCGGGCCCGAUGACUCAAAUCCGCACUGUUAGCAUUGGAGAGAAGAGACAACCUGUUAACCACACCACCAUUACCACCAGCAAAACUCACACCAGCAGCACCGCCACUGCCAAACCCAGUAAUGGAAGCAGAAAACCCCGUGGUGAAGCCAAGAAGUGUCGGAAGGUAUACGGCAUGGAGAAGAGGGAUCUGUGGUGCACGGCGUGCCGUUGGAAGAAGGCCUGCCAACGCUUUACUGACUGAGCUUUGAACUUUUUACUCCCUCAAACUGUGCUUCUCUAUCACCGGUGUUCCCACGAAUUGAGCACCGCUUGUUGUCCGUACUCUCAGAAAUGACUUGCGAGAGCUUGACGUAAUGUCCUUCUGAGGGACGUGCCGUUUAAACGUCACCGUUUCCUCCGAGCCACAAGAGGGUGCUCUUGUUUUUCCUACAGCUUCCGUAGCGGAACACUGAGAUUUUAUUAAAAAAUACAAAAAAAAAAAAACUGCAGAAAAAAGAUAAAAGUGAAAAAGGUUUUCGAAAAAAUAAGCAUAUCGGCUUUUGCGUUAUAUGCGUUGUUAUAUAAAGGCAAAAAGGAAGAUUUUGCAUACGAAAUCCAGAAACAAGACACUUUCAGAUGCAGGUUUUGUCGUUUAUUACAGUAGCUGAAGCUUAUGCUGAAGUUUAUGUGUGGCAGACUUUAUACACGGCAGUUUUUACUGUUGUAAGCUAACGUUUGCGAUUUUGUAUUGAGUGAGUGUUUUGAGCAGUUAACCUUCUUAGCUAUGGUUACACCUAUCCAACAAAUCAAAUCAAUGUUUGUUUUACGUGGACAAAAUCGCUUUUUGUAAACUUUGACAUUGUUUAAAAUCGAACUCGGCAAACUGUGUAUGGAUUUAACGCUUUGUUUUGCCUAUAAGCACUUUUUAACAGCCAUGAAAAAAUUCGCUUUCGUAUUUUGAUACACAUUUUAGCAUCGCUGUUUCGUACUGGAAAUCACGUAAAGGAUUCUCGCGCACUUGACGCUUUGGUGUAACCGAGAACUAUUUCAACAAGCUUCGCUAAAGUUUUGUCUCGUAAUACCUCUAAAGAAAAAUGAGCCUUUAAGAGAGAGAGAGAGCCUUGUGUGUACUUCAGCACGAGCAGUUGUAGUGCAAGAAUGUAAAAAUGGCCUCUCUUCACGCUAAUGCACCGAAAAUCAUUUUGCCCCUUCCAGUUUAGCAGCCUCUUCAUAAGCUAACAGGUUUAUUCCUAUCAGUCCACAGUAUUAAUUUCAUGGCAGGCACUUUACUUCGCCAUAAACCUUCAAAUGUAAGACAAUCUGCUGUUGAGGAAAAUGUUUUAGCCCAAUUAGGAUGUAGCGUUCGUGUAUGUCCAACAAGCUACAACAAGACAUCCCUACUGUAUGUUGUGUGAUCCAGUACCGCAAUACCUAGAGCUUUCCACACAAAUGUACAACUUCCUGCAUAUGUUGUGUAGUCUUUGUGGAAAAUCUGUCCCACACUGCACUUUCUAUAAAGUCAUUUUUUACGUCUAAUUCAGCACAUAGAUAAAACGUAUACUGUUAUGCACCAUACAGAAGUCUGAUAUAUGUAAACACGUGGAACAGUGUGGCAAUCAAAAGUUUACGUACACCUUGCACAAUCUGGAAAAUGUUGGAAUAUUAAGAUUUUUGCAAAUUAUGGAUUGUUUUUUAAUUCCGUUCUGCCCUGAACAAGU